GUAGGAGAGAGAGAAUAUUAAAGGGCGUGUUUGUAAAUUCACAAAUUUCCAUCUUCCUCGGGUAAUCAAUCAAUCGGGUCCGUAUUUGUUCGGUUGUUCCUUUGUUGCUCACAUCCGAUUCAGAGACUCGUCGUUCCGCUACAAUGGUCUGCGAAAAGUGCGAGAAGAAGCUGACGAAGGUGAUAGUGCCGGACAAGUGGAAAGAAGGUGCUCAUAACACAACCGAAGGCGGAGGGCGGAAGAUCAACGAGAACAAACUCCUUUCUAAGAAGAACAGAUGGACGCCAUAUGGAACUGGAAGUACCAAGUGCAUUAUAUGUAAGCAACAAGUGCAUCAAGAUGGAAAAUAUUGCCAUACCUGUGCUUACAGCAAAGGAGUAUGUGCAAUGUGUGGGAAGCAAGUACUUGACACCAAAUUCUACAAGCAAAGCAAUGUAUAAGAACACAAGCUUCUGGAAAAAGGGUUCUUCAAAAUGCCUAGGUAAAUGCUUGUAAUUUGUGCUAAAAGUCAAACUUUUUUUCUUUUUGGCUGUUUCUAUCAUUCUAUGUGUUGUCACCGAUGGAUUGAAGUGUUUCUUUACUAAGUCGAUCGGCUACUAACUCGUUCCAAUGACACGUUUAAAGUUUGCUUUAGGGUGUGUUUGGUCAAUCCAGUAAUUGUUUCCCAGCAAAUUUAACGCCCUCUAUAUCAGCUUAUUCUAUUUUUCUUAAACACCGCAUAUUGAGAUAGACUGAUUUGUAGGAGUCAUUCGGCAGAAUAAUAAAAGAUGUGGAUA